AUGAGUAAGCAGGAACCACCGACCGACCGGCCGUCCGUCCGUUCCUCCCGCGCCCCUUCCCCUGGCGGAUUCGCUAAGCUCUCUCUCUCGCAAGCAAUGUGGCGAGGUUCGGUUUUUGCGCGCAAUUUCAUUUGCACUCGCAACCAUCGUAAUUUUAAUCGCAGGCCACCUAGCUAUCUACAACCUAGUCGUCGGCCGAUAGUCAAUCAACAAAAGCCCCCUUCUUCCCCAUUGACAACUGCUUGUUCCUGCCGCCGUCGCCGUCCGCUGCUUGAUUUCCUGCCUGCCAGCCUGCCGUUCCUUUGUACGGUAGCGCCGCCUGUUGCGCUUGCAGCUUCCCAUCCAUCCAUCCCUCCGCCUGCCGCCGGCUGUCGAAUCAGCGCGCGUCUUCGCUCUCGAUUCCAACAUCAUUCCCAUUGCUACACCCUUUCUUCCUCGCCGCUACCUCUCUUCUCCUCAUCUCCCGCCGUGUGCACAUGUUUUCCUCUCCACACUUCAUCUGCUAAUUACCCCUUUUCAGUCGUCCUCCUUGCCUUGCACUCCUUUGCUACCCCUUGCCCGACCGCCUGCUCCCGGCUCCCACCUCAAGAAAGGAAGAGACAAGGACCAAAGACAGACUCAAUCGAGUCGACUUCGUAUCAUCCGCCCCCAGUCAAUCACCGCAACAUAUCUGCGAUGCCUGCCCGAAGCAUCUAUCCGUUCGCGACCAGUUCCCCUACCUCGACCCCCUCUCUCGACGCUCUGAACGAGAAAAAAGAUCAACCACGGCGUACAUCAUUCACCAAAGGAAACAAGUUCACAUCCUUGUUCGGAGGCAACUCUCCACGCACGCGAAGCGAGGCCGCUGCAUUGCGAGACGCCUUGGUGGCUCAGCAACAGACCCUGCUUGACUCUCCAUCACCCUCCUCGAAGCCUCUGCCCACCAUCAAUCUGACUACCGCCACGGACGAGAAGAUGCUCACCGAACACAAGACACUGUUCCAACCCUCGGAUCUAGAGAAAGAACGACGUCUUGCGAGAGCUCACGCCCAGUUCGGCCCCCUGGUAUCCGAACACCACCGCUAUGUCAGCAAGUACGAGGGAGAAUUCGGGGACCCAAUCGAAGACGAGCCACCUUACUACUUUCUCCUUACCACCUACAUCAGUUAUCUAAUUCUAAUCGUAUUCGGCCACGUGCGGGAUUUCUUUGGCAAGCGAUUCCGGAAGGCGCAUUAUGUCCAUUUGGCGGAAAGGGACGGCUACGCCCCUCUGAACAGCGAUUUCGACAACUUUUAUACCCGCCGCCUGAAAAUGAGAAUCAACGAUUGCUUCGCUAGGCCCAUUACUGGUGUUCCAGGAAGAUAUAUUACAUUGCUCGAUCGCAAAUCCGAUGACGGCAACUACACGUUCAAGCUGACUGGAACAACUACAGAGACUCUCAACAUGAGCUCUUACAACUAUCUUGGUUUUGCUCAAUCUGACGGACCCUGUGCGGAUGCUUCGGAACAGGCUAUUCGCAAAUACGGCAUUUCCAUGGCUAGCCCGCGUGCGGACGCCGGAACUUCCGAGUUGACUCUCGAAGUAGAAGACUUGAUCGCUCAAUUUGUGGGAAAGCCUGCUUCCAUGGUUUUCUCCAUGGGUUUUGUGACCAACGCCACCGUUUUCCCAACAUUGGUCGGAAAAGGCUGCUUAUUGAUUUCGGACGAACUGAACCACUCUUCGAUUCGAUUCGGUUCUCGCCUUUGUGGGAGUAUGAUAAGAAUGUUCAAACACAACGACAUGCGGGAUCUCGAACGAAUUCUCCGUGAAGCCAUUUCUCAGGGUCAGCCUCGAACCCAUCGCCCCUGGAAGAAGAUCCUGGUGGUGGUCGAAGGUCUCUACUCCAUGGAAGGCACCAUGUGCAAUCUACCAGCGCUCAUCGAGCUGAAGAAGAAGUACAAGUACAACCUCUUUGUGGAUGAGGCUCAUUCAGUAGGUGCAGUCGGUCCUCGAGGACGAGGUGUAUGCGACUUCUUUGGCAUUGACCCCGCUGAAGUGGAUGUGUUGAUGGGUACGCUCACGAAAUCAUUUGGUGCGAACGGCGGCUACCUUGCUGCCGACAAGGAAGUCAUCCAAGCUAUGAAGACGCAAAAUGCUGCCAUGCUCUUUGCUGAGACCCCCACUCCAUCUGUCUUGGUACAAAUCGCGUCGGCCCUGCGCAUCAUCAACGGUGACCUCGUUCCGGGUCAGGGCGAAGAGCGCCUCCAACGCCUCAUUUUCAACUCUCGCUAUCUCAGGCUUGGUCUGAAGCGUCUGGGAUUCAUAGUCUACGGACACGACGAUUCUCCCAUCAUUCCUGUCAUGCUUUAUAAUCCUGCGAAAAUGCCUGCUUUCUCUCACGAGAUGCUCAAGCGCAAAAUCUCCGUUGUCGUAGUUGGGUACCCAGCUACACCCCUUGUCUCGUCGAGAGCACGCUUUUGCAUUUCCGCAGCUCAUAACAAAGAUGACCUUGAUCGGAUGCUCGCAGCUUGCGAUGAAGUUGGCGAUCUGCUUCAGCUCAAAUUUAGCAGCGGUGUCGCCGGUGGAGCUAAUCCAGAAGAGGUGCCGCCUCAAGAUAAUGGUGCUGUUCUCGGGUGCCCUCCCCGAUGGAAACUCGACGAAGUGAUCAAACGAGGCGUAGAAGAUGUCCAGUUUCCUCUUCGAUAA